AUGCCGGCACCUUCGAAGACGGAUCACCUACCGUCCACACAUCCAGCACAGCGACACCGUCCAAAGUCACCAAAUCGUGUUUUGGCAGAAGCAGAAGCACAAUGGCUCUUCACUGAAGCCGAGUUGAGCAACACACCAUCCAUACAGGACGGCAUGCACGUGGCUGAAGAGCGCGACACCCGCGCCAAAGGAGUCCACUUCAUCGUCCAAGUCGGUAUAAUGCUUAAGCUUCCACAACUCACCCUCAGCACAGCCGCGAUAUUCUUCCAACGCUUCCUUAUGCGCGCCAGCCUGAAGAAAAGCAGAGGUGAUAUACCGAAGCUCCACCACUACCAGGUCGCUGCCACCGCAUUGUUCUUGGCGACGAAAGUUGAAGAGAGCUGUCGCAAGAUGAAAGAGAUGAUACUCGCCUUCUGUCGCGUGGCUCAGAAGAAUCCGAACUUGGUCAUUGAUGAGCAGAGCAAGGAUUUCUGGCGGUGGCGUGAUUGCGUGUUACACCAUGAGGAUGUGUUGCUCGAGACAUUAUGCUUUGACCUGACCGUGGAGAGUCCGCAUAGGCAGCUAUUCGAUAUGCUGAAGUGGUUUGGGGUGGAACAUCACAAGAAGCUGCGGAAUGCGGCAUGGGCGUUUGUGACGGAUAGUGGCAACACGCAAUUGUGUCUGUUGUGCUCGAGUCGGACGAUCGCGGUCGCAGGACUGUAUGCUGGGUGUCGGUACUGCGAAGUCAAGCUCCCGGAUGACAACAAAGGCAGGCCGUGGUGGGACUCACAGGGUGUGAGGCUGUCUGAAAUGAGGAGGGCGGUGCAGUACAUGGUUGCCAACUAUGACGGCGCAGCAGGCAAAGUCAAUGGCAAUGGAAACUCUGCGGCCGAAGGCGACGGGCAGGGCAGUGUUUACGCUGCUCUGUCUACACCUAGUAUUGAUGCUGGAACUGGAGAUGGCUGGGACAGUACUCGGUUGAAGGAUGAGAAGCAUGGUGGUUCGUCGCCUUUUGUGCUGCCCGUCGAUGGGGAGAGGCAAAUGAGUGUAGGCAGUGAAGCUGGUGACAAGCGGAAACGAGCGGAUGAGCGGCAGAAUGAGAAGGCCGAGGAGAAUGGACAUGCGGCGGUUGACGUCAACGGGCUGGCAAAACGUCCAAAGUUGGAGGUGACUGCCAAUGGCGACGGGACCGCGGAACCAGAUCUGAAGCUGGAAGAAGAAAAGCUGAGGGUGGAGGCUGGGAAUGCCGAAAGUAUGGCCGAGGUCAAGGCCGCGGAUCAUACACAGGACGGUGGUAAGGACGAUGGUGAAGUGGAGGAGGGCGAGGUGGAGGAGUAG